AUGUCAUCCAAGAACGAGCCCCAGAGCCAGGUCCCGCCUCAAAGCAAGGGCUCAUGGACCAGUUUCCUUAAGUCAAUCGCCUCCUUCAACGGUGACCUCUCCUCUCUGACGGCCCCGCCUUUUAUCCUCUCAACCACCUCGCUCACCGAGUAUUCGGCCUACUGGGCCGAACACCCUUCCGUCUUCGUGGCGCCCGCUAAGGAGGCCGAUCCCGAGAAACGUGCCCUCCUCGUGCUCAAGUGGUUCCUCACCACCCUGCACCAGCAAUACUGCAGCCGGAGUGAGAAGCUCGGUAGCGAGAAGAAGCCGCUGAAUCCCUUCCUGGGUGAGCUGUUCAUCGGCAAGUGGCUUGCCAACGGCGCCGACUCGGAGUUGGGCGAGACCACUCUGAUCAGUGAGCAAGUGAGCCACCACCCUCCGGUCACCGCAUACGCGAUCCAGAACGAGAAGCAUGGAGUCGAGCUGCAAGGAUACAACGCCCAGAAGGCCUCCUUCUCAAGCACCAUCCAAGUGAAGCAGAUCGGCCACGCCCAGUACACCAUCACCCCGCCAGGCUCCAGCGAGAAGGAGAAAUACCUGAUCACCCUCCCCAACCUGCAUAUCGAGUCUCUCAUCUACGGCACGCCCUUCGUCGAGCUGGAAAAGUCCACCAAGAUCGCCAGCAGCAGCGGCUACGUCGCCAAGAUCGAUUACUCGGGCAAGGGCUGGCUGAGCGGCAAGAAGAACACCUUCACCGCGAGCUUGUACAAGGCCAGCGAGGGCGAGAAGAAGCCCCUCUACACCGUCGACGGCCAGUGGUCAGAUACCUUCACUAUCAAGGAUGCCCGCACCAAGGCGGUCGUCGACCGUUGGGUCGUUAAGGACAACGCGGUUACCCCUCUCACCCUGGCCCCGCUCGACCAGCAGGAUCUGUAUGAGAGCCGUCGUGCUUGGGCAGAUGUCGCCGACAACAUCAAGAAGGGCGAUAUGGACGCCGUCUCGGGAUACAAGUCCCGCAUCGAGAACGCUCAGCGCGAACUGCGCCGCGUCGAAAAGGCCGAGGGCCGCGAGUGGGAGCGCCGCUUCUUCAACUGCGUUGACGAGAAGGACGAUGACCCGCUGUUCCAGCAGGUGGCUAGCACAAUUGAUUUUGCCAGCUCUCUCGAGGCUGAUAAGACUGGCGGUAUCUGGCGCUUCGACACGACGCGCGCUGCCGGCGCUCAACCUCCUUAUCACAAGACCGGUGGUGAGGGGCUGGGUCUUACCGAGUAA